AGGGGCAUUGGGGUUAAAAACGUACUCUAAAUGAUAGUCUGAACACAUUUCUGCCUUAUUUCCACCUGAUCUGUUUUGGGUCACAUACGUACGCCUUAGCUGUUUUCAAUAUUUUACUCUUAUUUGUUUAUAUUAAGCACCAUGGCUACACUCCGGGCGUUGCGGAAACUAUGCCGGCAUUUUCAUCAUCAGGCAUGUAGUUUUCAUUUGUCAUCUUCAAGACAAGAUGCUGUGAUCAUCUCGGGCAGAAAACUGGCGCGUCAGAUCCGCAACGAGGCGCGUGCCGAUGUGGAGGAGUGGGUGUCCGCUGGGAACCGAAGACCUCACCUGAGCGUAGUGUUGGUGGGAGAUAAUCCAGCCAGUCACUCGUAUGUUCUCAAUAAGACCCGUGCAGCAGCAGAAGUGGGCAUUAGCAGCGAGACCAUCUUGAAGCCCUCGUGUAUCAGUGAGGAGGAGCUGCUUGACCUUAUCAAGAAACUCAACUCUGAUCACAGAGUCGAUGGUCUGUUGGUACAGCUUCCGCUUCCUGAUCACAUUGACGAGCGACUGGUGUGUAAUGCCGUCUGCCCAGGAAAAGAUGUUGAUGGUUUCCAUGUGGUCAAUGUUGGUCGCAUGUGCCUGGAUCAGACCACUAUGUUGCCUGCCACUCCCUGGGGAGUUUGGGAGAUUAUAAAACGGACAGGCAUAGAGACGCUGGGUAAGAAUGUGUUGGUGGCUGGUCGCUCCAAGAACGUAGGAAUGCCCAUCGCAAUGCUGUUGCACACAGACGGAAAACACGAACGGCCGGGAGGUGAUGCCACAGUGACCAUCUCCCACCGGUACACUCCCAAAGAACAGCUCCGUCAGCACACACAAAUCGCGGACAUCAUUGUUGCUGCUGCAGGUAUUCCUAACCUCAUCACUGCUGAUAUGAUAAAGGAGGGCGCAGCUGUUAUAGAUGUUGGGAUCAACAGAGUAUUGGACCCCUUGACUGGGAAAAACAGACUUGUUGGUGAUGUGGACUUUGAAGGUGUUCGAAAGAAGGCCAGCUUCAUCACUCCAGUUCCAGGCGGUGUUGGACCAAUGACUGUAGCCAUGCUGAUGAAAAAUACCAUCAAGGCAGCUAAAAAUGUGAUUUUAACCCCCCCUCAGCGUGUGCGGAUGGCAGCGUCCUCAUAACAUGCUCCGUCUCACUUCACAUUCCACACUCCACCUUUAUUUUGAGGAUCUCCAAGUGGAAAGGCAAUGCUAUUAAAUGCUAUUUUUGUUUAGAUAAACAUAUAUAUUCAAGGGUUUGAGAAAACGAAUGUGCUUUUUCAUUCAGAUAUUUUAA